AUGGGGUCCAGCCUCCGACUCAGUGCACGCUCCAGCGCGGCGGCCAUCUCCAUCACUCCGGUCACUAUCUGGUGGGCAGUAUGGGCAGGCGUUUGGACUAUUGCCGUCCUGUGCGGCAUGGCCUACCUAAUCAUUCAUCGCAACAUGCCUCCGGUCCGAAUCCGCGGGCUCGGACUCUGUCUAUCGGCCAUUGUCUGCCUUCAUUUGUACUGGGGUAUCGUUCAAUUCGGGCUGAUGAUUGGCGCCAUCAUGCCGGACAAUGCUCAGUAUUGGAUGAUGGGCACGUGGCUGCCGUGUGGCAUUGCCCUGUUUCACGGCUAUAACACUCGUUUUCUAUAUGUUGCCAGGAUGCAGAAGAAAUACGCUCAGUAUGGGCAUCGGCUUUUCAAACCAUCUGUUGAAAUGCGGACCAAGAAGAAGACCGAUUUAGUCGCUCGUUUCCGAGCGCUGGACUACACCACGAAGAUCAUACUGUUCGUUGGAGCCGGAAGUUUUAUUCAGGUGUUCCUCACCACGCUCAUGUAUCUCAUUUCCCGAAAGUGGCAUAGCUCCUGGGGAAUUCCUGGCACAGAGGUCAACGGCGGCGCUGAGAUGAGGAUGAAAGCCGACGAGGGCUGGGGCUGGGAAUGGUGGCCGAGUCUGUUCUGGCAGUUCUUCUGGUCUUGGGUCAUUGCGCCCAUCACUCUGUGGAAAUCUCGCAACAUCCGAGAUACACAGGGCUGGCGAUUUCAGACCAUUGGCUGUGCGAUCGCCAAUCUCCAUGGUACUCCGAUGUUCCUCAUCGCCGUUUAUGUUCCUGGUAUGGCGGUGGUGAACCAGUACUGGCUGCCUGCUCAAUGGAUUUGUCUUUCAAUCCUAUUCAUUGAAACCUUCACCAUCUUCCUUCCCUGCUGGGAAGUCAUGCGCCAUCAAUCUCUCCGCCAAGAGACAUUGGACUCGAUCACACGAUGGGAGAAAAAGACCAAAGCCUCCGGCCACUCGGAAAUCAAGUCUAUGAAAUCCGAAUCCACGCUGGUCGCAUCCCUAUGGGGCGGGAAAUCAGUCAACGAAUCCAUCAAAUCAAACGAUUCUGGCGACAGUAUCCUGACCAUGGGUGCUCUGGAGCAUGUUCUGGAACGCAAUCCCGCACCGCUGCUGGAGUUCUCAGCUCUACGUGAGUUUUCCGGCGAGAACAUUGCCUUUUUGACCAGCGUGGCGGAGUGGAAGCGCUCUCUGCUAGAUAUUCUUGCAGACGGCCCUACAGACAAGGGCUUGCUCCGCGAACAUUUCAACAUUGCCUUGCACCUAUACGCCCACUUCAUCAGCGCGCGCUAUGCCGAGUUCCCACUAAAUCUUUCCUCUCAGACUCUCAAGAAGUUGGGCGAUAUUUUCGAGCAGCCUACUCAACACAUUUACGGUGACCAGCACGGGAAAAGUAACAGUGUCACUCCUUUUGACGACGAUUUCACUAGUGAUUCCCUCUCUUCGGCCGACUCUUCCACGCAGUCUUCGCGGACGGAGAAGGCGGGAAAUCAGUCAAAGUUAUACUGGGGCGAGAUCCCAGAGUCUUUUAAUUCAACUGUAUUUGAUGAUGCCGAGGCAAGCAUCAAGUAUCUUGUUCUUACCAACACAUGGCCAAAGUUCAUCAAGGACCGCCGGGAGUCACUUGCUUCUCUUGAGAGACUCUGCAUGGAGGAAUAA